CAGUGGAACCGAUUCCACCAUGCAGUACGAUCUGUCGAAUAAUCCUUUGCUAUCCACCGAUUGCGGCCUGGAUUUGUCUCAGAAAAUCCUUGGCGGAGAACGGACGGACCUCGAGGAAUUUCCUUGGAUGGCGCUCUUGGAAUACGUGAAACCAACCGGAAAGUCUACGGCUUGCGGUGGAGUUCUGAUCAGUCGACGGUACGUUCUAACCGCAGCCCAUUGCGUGAAAGGCAAGGAUUUACCGAAGACGUGGCGUUUGGAGAGCGUACGUUUAGGGGAGUAUAACACCGAGACCAAUCCCGAUUGCAUACAGGACACCGAGGACUCCUUAACCUGCGCGGACGAUCCCAUCAUCGUCGGUGUGGAAGAGCAAAUCGCCCACGAGGAUUACAGGCCACUGUCGACGGACCAGUCGCACGACAUCGCCCUGCUGAGAUUGUCACGCGACGUCCAAUUCACGAACUACGUGAAACCAAUAUGUCUGCCGUCGAACGCCCAGUUGCGCGAACAGCUGACCGUCGCUGGCUGGGGAAGAACGGAGAACCGAUCGUCGUCGGACGUGAAGCUGAAGCUCAAGUUGCCACUCGCCAACAAAGACGAUUGCCAGACGACUUACCGUAACAUAGGAGUGAGACUCGGCCCGGCACAGUUCUGCGCCGGUGGACAGAAGGGCAAGGAUUCCUGCAAAGGGGAUUCUGGCGGGCCUCUGAUGUCGGUUGAAAGAACUCGCGACAAUACAGUCAGAUGGUCCGUUGUUGGUAUCGUCUCGUUCGGGCCGUAUCCGUGCGGCAUGCUUGGAUGGCCUGGUGUUUACACCAAAGUAACCGACUUCGUCCCUUGGAUACUUAGUAAAAUGAGACCUUAAGGUUCGAGUUUGAAGUUCAUAACCGGCGUCCCUUCCGACAGCACUCCGCAGGGUGACCUAUUUCUUCCUUGUAUCUCUCGUAAACUGUUUGUACAAUACAUACUUCUGACAAUUUGUUUCUUAAUCCUAGAACGUCCAAGGGAGGAUCCCUCGAACCCACACGUCGAAUAGCAUAAAAUUAUAACAAUUUCCUGUUUGGAAAGAAUUCUCAGCAAAUUAUUUAUUGUCGUAUGCAUGUUUAGGUUUGAUAUUGAAAAGUCCUCGUUAGUAUAUGUGAGAAAUAUUGUGCGUAGGAAAAAGAAAACGCACUACAGGUUGAUGUUAUCAUGCCUCUAUUACGUCUUAUUACACGAUAUAUUACGCCCUUCUUAUCUCCAAAGAAUAACAAACGAUCACAGAAGGGAGAAUCGAACUAACUGAAGAAUUAGAAGAAUCAGAUUCAGACUAGUUCCAUGUUAGUAUACUAUUUUACGAAAUCAUUCUAUUUUACAGAUACAUAUAAAUAAAAAUUAAUUUUAAGGAAAAAUAUGUGCUACCUUGUUUGUGACGUAUAAUAUACUCGAAUGUUAUAAAAUUUUCAUAAAAAAAUCAUUUUUUUUUAGCAGGAAUAUGUAAGAAGUGUGGGUUCGAGGAGCCCCCUUAGGCGUUCACGUGACAGCUCGAUACUCGGGCGAUCUAGGAGCAGGUUCAUUCGGACCUUCCUUGCGCGUCGACCCUUUUUACACAAUUCUUUCUGUAUACCAAAAUUACUCUUUUUCUCUGUAAUCUUAUCUGUACACCAAAGGGUUAUUCUUUACCAGUGUAAAUAAAUAAAUUAAAACACAUUAAAAUCAACCCUUUCAAGAGUGUUCAGCAAUGCGCAUUGCUGUGUGCCUGUCUGACUACGAUCGCGAACAACGCGCGUUGCAGACUCUUGAGAGGGUCGAUUUUAAUGGGUCUACGCGCAAGGAAGGCCCUAGUUACAUGGAAUUUUGUCUGGACCUGCCUUUACGUUAACAAACCAAGGGUUCAUCGUGCUGGAUUGUCGUCGAGAGGAGAUUUUCUUCCGUGAUCGACGAUGUGACCCCGUUGCAUUCGAUCGAAUCGUCAUAAUAAACUUUGUUACUCCACCAUUAUCGGUCUGAAAGGUUAUCGUUUUCGUAGGCCACAGAUAGAAAAUCGUGAUACAGAUAGAAUUAUGUAAAUCGUGUGCAUGCACGGUGCAGGUCUGAAUACAAAUACGAUCAUUUUUCUAAUUGCAAUAGAAAACAGUAGUGUUAAGAGGAAAUCCUCGAUACCUCAUCGCGCUACCUCCUAUCGUUUCACCGAAGAUAUCGCAGGUAGCAACUCGGUGUAACGCGUUGCAUUACCUGACCUAGACCAUUCAGGUGGCUUCUGGAAUUUCCGGGCCCACGUGACAAGUGGAGCUUAGCAAGAAUCGAAUGCAGAAUUUUAGUGCACUGCAAUUGCGUCUACUUCCAGCCCAUGUAUAAAAAACCGGCAAUCAUGCACCUGGCGACACUUCGGCUUGAAAUUGAUAACUGUACGCGCGCACCCUUUCGUUACAGAAUUCUUCUUAAUCGAGACCCUGUACGAGGAGCCUGGAAUUAAAUAAAAAGUGUCUUUUUUUUUUUUUUGGGGAAA